AUGGAAGAUUGCUUAGUUGGUUUGGCACCUGCUCUAGAUUCUUACGAUUUGUUUAGUAAGUCUGAUCAACAACCAAUAGGGCAAUACUAUGACAAUCGAUACUUCCCGAAGCUUAUAUUUCGAGGCGAUGGUGAUGAGACCGAGCACCAAGAAUCAUCCCCAUGUGAUACAAGUUCCGCCAGGUUUAGCAAUGAGAGCAGUAACUUGCUCUCGUACUUGUAUUCUUAUUUCUGCCAGAAGCAUGGUGUAUCAAACUGCAGUAGUGAUGUGCAGGAACGGCUUUCACAGCCAUCCGAAUCGAUCGCCUCCGCCUUCCUAGUGGUGGGCGCGUUUCUGCAGAGGGUCCGAGUUCCUCACUUAACCGUGCUCAAUUUCGAUCGUUGCUAUUUUGGAGGCAGACAACUUAUGGCCCUUGCGGAUCUUCUCGGUGUCUCUUAUAAAACUGGGGAUCACACAACUACUUCCGGUGGGAGCCUCCACGCACGCAACUUUUCACUCGUGCCGUACUUAUCCAAGUUAUCUGUGAGAGACGCGAAGCUGAAUUAUUAUAACAAUGAGGAUGAUCAAUUUGAUUUACACCUUUCUAAAUCAUACGACUACAGUGUGGUGAGCGGUAACGAUGCAUUUGGGUAUUUCUUUCGCGCUCUUCGCGGACAUCCUUCCCUAACGACGUUAGACGUAUCUGAAAACCCGAUCGGUCCGUUUCUCUUCACACAUCUUGUGCGUCUCGUUAAGACGACACCAUUUCUAACCGCAAUCCAUCUCGAGCGCACACUGCUCUCUAUUGAUGAAGUUCAAAUCAUUACUGCACAUUGUUGCGUAAACGAGCGUCGACAAGCAAAGUCUCUCCCAACGGAAACUGGGGACGAUCCCCUUCUUUCAGAUGAUAGAACGGAGAGAAAUAUUUAUGCGUGGGUACUUGCGUUGCGUAAGUGGGUCGUCGCCCAUCAGAAUUCAGAUAACGAUCUUGUUGAAGAGGUGUUAUGGCAUCGUAGCUCGGACGAUUUAAUUAUGCACGGGAUCGUCUCGGAAACCCGCUCGCCGUUUAUCACGAUGGAGUGUGUAACGGAGAAGAUGCUCAAGGCCUAUUCACAACUGAAAUCCAGCGCUAUCAAGACCUCUACAAGCUUCCUUUCCGUUUCCCAGGAUGCUAAUUUAUUUUCUUAUAGUGAUGAAUACACCACGACUGAGCAGAAUAAACCGCUUUCAACUUUGUCGUACUCCAGUAAAAGCCCUUCACUCGAGGGGUUUCCAUCCUUCUGGGAGUCUUUAUCCCAUGUUCUUUAUACGCCCUAUUUUCUUUACUAUCUUCCGAAUGAAAGCCCUUUGUUGUGGUCCCCCGAGUCGAUCGACGCCCUUCGGAGUGCGUUUGUUGAUCCCGUGCGCGCGUAUAACACGUUUCUCGGCGGUCGCCCCGUUCCCAGAGGCGUCCCGCGGCCUCUCAAACCCUCCACCAUGGCGAGCGACGCGGCGGCAACGCCGGAGGAAAGGCGAUCCCUCCUCGAGGCGAUCGGCCACUCCGCGUUGAUGCGGAAGGCCUUCCUUCAGUUGCUCCCACCGCCCCCGAAACCCAUUAGCCAUUUCGAGGGCUUCGCGGAGACGAAUCCGCAGUAUCGCACCGUCGCGGAGGAAAAUUACUACUUUGUGUGUGAUAAACAAAAGAAGCAACGGGAGCUACUCCUUAACAAAAUCGUGGAUUCUUUAGAGUUGGUCUCUUAUCGAGUAGGGGAUGUGUUGUACAAGGAGGGUGGGGAACCGUCUUGUUUGUUUUUUAUCCCGCCAUCCGCCCUGGGUGAUCGUCAAUCAGAGAAGACGAUGCAUGGAGCGGCGGUGCAGGUUCGUUUGGAAUACACCUUAGUGGAGGAAACAGCGAAUGCCAUGCUCAUGAACCCAAUUGCCACUCCCGUGGAAGGUGCUGAACGGACGAAACUCCAAUCCCUCGUGUAUGAAGAAGGGGAUUUUGUGGGGGAAUUGGAGGUUCUCGGUGGGGUCGGUUGCCAACCAUCGAGGAUUGAUUCGAUGGUGUCGCCUAUAGGAGCCCGUUGUACGCCUUCCCAGCACUUGCUUGAGCUGCAGGUGCAGAAAUAUCGCUUCAGUACGGCGAGGGUACAGGCUCGCGGCGACGACGGUUCCGCGGGUGGUCCUGUGCGUUUAUGGCAGCUGCCGAUGCAGGCCGCGUUCUUUUUCUUGCAUCAACCUUUCCAGCAGAUCUACCAUCGCGCCACGGCGAUUUUUGAAUAUUUUCCGGCACUUUCACGUCUCUCUCCGAUCGCGACCCUCGCGUUCGCGUACGCUGUGGAGCCGUUUGCUGUGGAGUUAUCCCGUCAAGAAAUAUUCGAUGGCUCCACGGCGCGUGUGAUCGCUGACAAUCGUCUGGUAUCUAGCCACAUCUACCUCCUCGCCAAAGGGGAAUACACCUUUUCCACCUACACGGCGCUGGGGUCUUGGAUUGACAAGAUAUUGUUUUCCGGCAGCGUGGUGGUGAGUGGAUCGGCCCACCGGGAUGCGAAGAUGGAUCCCGAAAUCAGCUCCCACGUGGCCGACACGAGCUCAUCGGCCUCGAAUGUGGUGCUUGGAAAAGCCAUCGCGCUGCGGCAGUUUCGAGAGGCGAAGCGAUGGAAGCAACGGGCGGAAGCCUCUGCGCUAAAGACGGAUUCCACUUUAGACGAGAGUGACCCCAUGGAUUCCAGGGAGGCACGUAAAGAAAGAAACGAUGGAGUAACGGAAGGGAAGGAGGGAUUGUCUUCUUCCAGAACACCUCCUUCGCCCGGAGAUCAAAGACUGUUGUUGGACGUUCUUGAUGCCGGGGGAGAGGAGAAUGUCCGAUGCCAGUGGAAGUAUUAUGUGAUUUCGAAUACGCAAUUUUCCUCCUUUCCCAAGGAGGUCAAGCUCGCUAUUCUGUCUUCGUGUGCAAUAGUGACCAGCUGA